CUCCUUGCUGGAUGAGAAGGCCACCAACGUCCCCUUCGUCCUGGUGGGCGCCGGCACCGUCGUCGUCCUCCUGGGCACCUUCGGCUGCUUCGCCACUUGCCGCGGCAGCACCUGGAUGCUCAAGCUGAUUAAGACAAACUUUGAGAGUAACCUUAACCUGGCCUUGAGGGACUACAACGUGACCGCGGAUCGGCACAGCGAGGCCGUCGACACCAUCCAGAGGACUCUGCACUGCUGUGGGGUGCAGAACUACUCGGACUGGGAGAGGACUGAGUACUUCACCCAGAGGGGCAUCCCCCGGAGCUGCUGCAAGAGCCAGGACGACUGCUCGGAGGAGGAUCUGAAAGACCCAAGCAAAGCAAAGCUGAAAGUGUUUGUGGAUGGUUGUUUUUUCCUGGUGACGUCGACAAUGGAGUCAAAAAUGAGUGUUGUGGCUGGAAUCUCCUUUGGCAUUGCAUGCUUCCAGUUAGUUGGCAUCAUUCUCGCCUGCUGCCUGUCCCAGUACAUCACAAACAAUCAGUACGAGAUGGUGUAGCUGGCUCCCAGCACACUGUGGCUGUGGCCAGGGUAUGCUCUCUGUGGCUGGGGAGGAUGCCACCACUGCCAGUUUUCCUCUGGAUGCCACUUCGUGAAAUCUUGCUUUGAACUGACUGAUCUUCUUCUCAACUAGCUCAUAGAAACGAGUGCAGCAGCUGUCCUGGUGCGCUCAGGGACUUGUCCUAACACUACUCUGCUGUGCCACCGCGUGCGAUAAUUAGUGUAGCUGCAGUGGUUACAGCAAGCACGCUCCUCUGGGCGCCGCAGCCCCCAGCUCUUUCCUUCGCGGCACGUUCGAGUGCCGUGCCGAGCCGACCGUGCUGGCAGCCUUGCUGGACGCCCAGUGCUCAUCUUUGGUGCCUCCAUCGGGAAAGUGAUGCUUCCCCUCAUCUCUGGCAGCCCCUCGAUGUGGUUGCUUUCGAGAUGGGACUGCUGCCCUGUUAAAACACAGCCCUGUCUGCUGGAAGCCCUUGGCUCAGCAAGGUCUCGGCUUGUUGCCAAGCUCUCUCUCAUCCCUGCCCUGGGUUUUAUAUACUUUUUUAUAGUUGUACUUUUUAAAGUACAGGCUGUAGUGAUCCUUUGUAAGCUGUAGUGAGGUUUGGUGAUGUAGCUCCUGGUGCCUUUACCUUGGUAGGUGUCCUUGCACCGAGUCAGCUGUGACUUGAUUGUCAGUAUUAUAUGCUGCUUUAACUCGUUUUGUGUAUUGAGUAGAACUCUUUUGUCCUGAGACACAAUAAAUAUUAAGAUAUUUUACUCUA